GCUGAUAGAAUCAAGGGAUCGGUCAAGGGAUCGGGAUUUAGCCUUCUUGAGCACCAGGCGCAAAUGAGUUUACAUCCUCCGUCUGGGGGCGUCUCUUGGGGAAGCGUCUCCUGCACGCGUGACAAGGGAUGGAUGGAUGGAUGGAUGGAUGGCCGCGGAGAAGCGGACGGCUACAGCCUGACUGGCCGCAACGGGGACUCCUGCCUGAAGGUUGCUGUCCCUGAUCUGUCCCACUAUCUCCAAGGGGUUGCGCAACGUCCUGACACACCGAGCUGGGCUGCCUGCUGGGCAACAUCGACUCCGAAAUGACCCGCCUGGCGCAGCUGCGGGUGGCCGCCGAGGUGCAGCGUGCGCGGACCGAGAUGGCUGAGCGUGAGAGGGAAAGCGCCUGCAUGGCCUGCCUGACGGAGCCACGAGCAGUGGUGCUGCCAUGCGGUCAGCAAGGGAGGCAGAGAGAGAGAGAGCGGUCCGUUCAUGUGUGUGUGUGUGUGUGUGUGUGUUGUGUGCGUGUCAGGCUGCAAGUGUUACUGUGGCCCUUGUCAUGAGCGCAUCGUCAGGGGCCGCCCAGGCGAUGACGCCAUGACCAAUGAGGACGAUGAGCCAGAGCCGGUGCCCAGAUGCCCACUGUGCUCCAAACAAUUCUGAC